GAGCUAACUAGGAAUAGCAGCAUGAUGUCCCAGCAGCAUCAAUGUAGUCUAUCCCAUUUUGUGACACCAUUGCACUGUAUUCGCAUAGCAUUUACACUCUUGAUUGCAUUGAAUUGGUUGCAAAUUGCGAAUGCACAGAAGACAAAUGUUGGUCUGAUUUACGAAAGCACCAAUCCGGAUAUGGAAAAACUCUUUCAACUGGCUAUCGAUAAAGCUAACGAAGAUAGUGGUGGUGCGCUGCAAUUGCAUGCAAUUACAGCAGCCAUCGAACCUGGUAACGCCUUUGAAACUUCAAAGAAGCUCUGCAAAAUGUUGCGGCAAAAUUUGGUAGCUGUAUUUGGACCCACUUCGGAUAUGGCAGCCAAACAUGCGAUGAGCAUUUGUGAUGCCAAGGAGCUGCCAUUCAUCGAUACACGCUGGGAUUUUGGUGUGCAAAUGCCAACAGUUAAUUUGUAUCCACAUGCCUCACAGUUGGCGUUGGCAUUGAAGGAUUUGGUUGUGGCCUUGGAGUGGGCCGAUACAUUUACAAUCAUCUAUGAAACUGGUGAAUUCUUGCCUACGGUGAAUCAGUUACUGCAAAUGUAUGGCACGAGUGGGCCCACAAUCACCGUACGACGCUACGAGUUGGAUUUGAAUGGUGAUUAUCGAAAUGUGUUGCGACGCAUUAAGAAAUCUGGGGACUACUCCUUUGUUGUUGUGGGUUCGAUGGACACAUUGCCCGAGUUUUUCAAACAGGCUCAACAAGUGGGACUCAUGACUAGUGACUACCGUUACAUUGUGGGCAAUUUGGAUUUUCAAACUAUGGAUUUGGAGCCUUUUCAACAUGGCGACACCAACAUCACGGCCCUACGCUUGGUUUCUCCGGAAUCGGAGAGUGUGCAGCAAUUGGCCAAAGCCUUGUACGAAACUGACGAUCCUUUUCAAAAUGUGUCAUGUCCUUUGACCACCAGCAUGGCAUUGGUAUAUGAUGGUGUUCAGCUGCUCGCCGAGACGUUCAAGCAUGUAAUGUUCCGUGCGGUGCCAUUAAAUUGUAACGAUGACAGCUCAUGGGAUAAGGGAUACACGCUCGUCAACUAUAUGAAAUCGCUUAGCUUAAGUGGCCUCACCGGUGAAGUAAAAUUCGACUAUGAAGGCUUGCGUACAGAUUUCGUGCUCGAUAUUAUUGAGUUGAGUAUGUCGGGCAUGCAGAAAAUAGGUGAAUGGCGCACAGAGGAUGGUUUUAUUGCUAAUCGACCACCACCCGUAGUGGUGGAGCAGGAUCAGCGCUCGUUGGUGAAUAAGAGCUUCAUAGUUAUAACAGCCAUAAGUGAACCGUAUGGCAUGCUGAAGGAGACUGCUGCUAAAUUGGAAGGCAAUGAUCAAUUCGAAGGCUUCGGCAUUGAGUUAAUCGAGGAGCUGGGUAAAAAAUUGGGUUUCUCCUACACCUUCCGUUUGCAAGAGGAUAAUAAAUAUGGCUCGUUCAAUCCGAAAACGGGUAAAUUUGAUGGCAUGAUGCUGGAAAUUAUCGAAGGGCGAGCUGACAUGGGCAUCACCGACUUGACUAUGACAUCGACUCGAGAAGAAGGAGUAGAUUUCACUAUUCCGUUUAUGAAUUUAGGCAUCGCCAUUCUAUUUCGCAAACCAAUGAAGGAGCCACCGAAACUCUUCUCAUUCAUGUCACCAUUUUCUGGCACCGUUUGGAUGUGGCUGGGCAUUGCCUACUUGAGUGUCUCACUCACGCUUUUCAUUUUGGGACGCAUUUCGCCAACAGAGUGGGAUAAUCCAUAUCCAUGUAUUGAGGAGCCCACCGAAUUGGAGAACCAAUUUAGUUUCCCUAAUUGCUUGUGGUUUUCCACAGGUGCUCUACUGCAACAAGGCUCUGAAUUAGCACCAAAAGCGUACUCAACGCGCACUGUGGCCUCAAUUUGGUGGUUUUUCACGUUGAUUCUGGUCUCUUCGUAUACUGCCAACUUGGCGGCUUUCCUCACGAUAGAAUCGCUCAGCAGCCCCAUUGAAAAUGCGGAGGAUUUAGCUGCCAAUAAGGGCGGUGUAAAGUAUGGCGCCAAAGUUGGUGGCAGCACAUUUACGUUCUUCCAGGACGCUAAGUAUCCAACUUAUCAGAAAAUGUACGAGUUCAUGCGCGACCAUCCGGAAUAUAUGACAUCAACCAAUGCGGAAGGAGUGGAUCGUGUGGAAAAUGACAAUUAUGCAUUUUUGAUGGAGUCAACCACAAUUGAGUAUAUCACCGAGCGUCGUUGUAGUUUGACACAAGUCGGUUCACUGCUCGACGAGAAAGGUUAUGGCAUUGCAAUGAGAAAGAAUUGGCCAUAUCGUGACAUACUCAGCCAGGCUGUGCUGGAGCUGCAGGAGCAAGGUGUCCUCACAAAAAUGAAAACUAAGUGGUGGAAAGAGAAGCGAGGUGGCGGUGCAUGUUCGGAUACCAGCAGUGAAGGUGGUGCAGUGGCCUUAGAGUUAAGCAACUUAGGCGGCGUUUAUUUGGUGUUGAUAGUAGGCUCUUUUUUUGGUGUAUUGGUCGCAUUCCUUGAAUUGGUUUUGGGCGUAAAGGAACGCUCCGAUGAGAAUAAGGUGUCCUUCAAAACCGAACUCAUCGAGGAGUUCCGCUUCGUUAUGCAAUGCUCGGGCAAUACCAGACCAGUCAAGUAUCCAAAGAAUUCGAGUCGCAGUCGCAGCCGCAGCUCUCGUUCGCAUUCACAUUCACGUGCCAGUUCGAAGAGUUCGGCGUUGACGGUGGAUUCUUUACCAAUGGACGAGAGUAAAUUACAUCACAUUAGCGAGCAUCAUUCAAAGCACUCUAAGUGAAUGCAAACGAAAGGGAAAGAGGAGCGUGUGGAAGUCCUUAAGUGACUUGCAUCAUUGAAUUAUGCAACCAUUAAAGAAAUUGUUUAUUGUAUUCGUUGAAUAACAUAUUUGCUUUAAGUUGUCUUUUC